CUCUGAAAUACAAUAACUCUUCAAUAAUUCUUUGUUCAAUUGCUUCCUCAACCUAACGGAAGAGGACGAAUAUCUCCAGCAAAAACAUAACCGUACGCGCCUCCUACCCCUCUCCGCCAUCCAUUCCGAGUGCUGUGACUGACAAGGCUAAUGUACCCAGUACACUGCCUCGAAAUGCUCGUCGAAGGCAUAAUGUGCAAAGCCGACGAAACCCCGUUUACGCUCCGCUGGCUAGAGAACUCGAUCCUGCCCACCGGUAACCGCACCAUAGCGCACGAGUGCGUGAACUGGGAUCGAUUGAUAGAGGGAAUGGAAAAGCAUCGUGUUGAUCCGUUCGUGCCGAGGGUAUUUGUCCAUCCCAAGUUUGGUGAGCCGGAUAGAGAGAAGCUAAUGAGUUGAUGUUUAUAGCUCCCGUGGGGCCCAAUGGCAAGAACACAAUCAUCGAGAACCGGAUCGGGUUCACGCCAAACGCGACGCAGCUGGAUACGUCGAAGUUGGGGGAGGAUGACUUUCGGAAGCA